GAGGCUGAGCUGCAUAUAUCACCGGGCAGGCGGGCACCCUCUCUCUAUCGCCCCUUCUCUGUCUCUCUCUGUUCCCCUCUAUCGCUCGACAUGGAGGUCGCCGCCGCCACUUGUACGCUCCUUGCUGCCGUCGCCCUACCAGCAUCGUCGUCCUCAGCAGCAGCACGCUCUGCGACGAAACAGAGCUACGCGAGGAGGAAGACGACGCCGCAUCAGGUGCCGCCGCCUGCCACCGCCACCGCCACCACGUACCGCGACAACUGGUUCGACAAGCUGGCCAUCGGGUACCUGUCCCGGAACCUUCAAGAAGCUUCUGGGACGAACGUCGACGAGCAGGAAGCGUGGUCGGUCGAGUAGGGAGCGGGACAGGGGUCGGGGAACGCGGACGGUGAGUACGAACUCCGGUGAGUCUCCACGGACGGCGGCGAUGGCUCUAACGGUGAGGAGAGUGAGAGAGAUGGUGGCGAGCUCGGGUAGGAAGAGAGAAGCUCGAGGUGGAAGAGAGUCCCGGAUUUUAUAGGGAGGGAGAGAUGAGAUGAGAGGAGGGCGCGGGUGGGGCCCACACGUGAGUGAGAGAGGGGGUAAGCAGGGGGCGGCUAGGGGAGGGAGCAGGGCGCGCGCGGCUUGCUUGUUGGGCCCCUAGUGGGCUUUAGGGUUAGGAUUAGGGUUUAGUUAGUUUUUUUUUCUUUUUUUUUCUAAAUUCAAAAUAUAUUUUUAAAUAACCCUAAAAUUCAUAAUAAUUAUACCAAAUUAUUUAUAAAUAAAAUAGUUAUUUUUGGACUAAUAAUUAUUGUAUUAUUUAUUUAGAUUUUUAUUUAAGAAGAAAUGCUAUUAAAUAUUCAAAAUCACUUAUGAGCGAUAAAAAAUCAUUCCGAAUGUAAAUAAAUAACAAGCAUUUAAAAGAAAAUUUAUUACCGUAAAUAUCAUUAAUAACUAAAUAUAUUAUUUUUAUUUAAUGAUUUUUAUGGUGUUACAAACUUACCCCUCUUAAAAGAAUCUCGUCCUCGAGAUUAAGGAAGGUUAGCACGAAAGCAAAGGAGAUACAUGGUUAUUUGUAGGUUCUUAGUUCUCAUUGAACUCUUCUAAUAUUAAGGAACUUCCUUACUACUUCGCUCUGCAAUGUAUACUAAUCAGGCGACCUUCAUCAUCAUACUUAUAAAAUGGUUGGUCUUCUGAAUUAUUGCUUAGGUCAUGCUUGUUAGCUUUCUUCUCUAGUCGGUCUAGACACUUCUUGGAGCAUUCGCGAAUAACAUGUCCUUCAUUUUUGCAGUAGUAGCAAACACCUCUUGCUUUGAGUUCUUUGUGAGUUAACUUUGCUUGAACAACAGGGGGUGAGGGUUGAUUGGGUGUCUGUAUCUUAUAUAGCCGAGUCUGACUUGAUUCUUCUGUUUGGGUAUCCAUGUGUUUCGUGGCUUUUGCUUGUGGUUGAGGUGGACUAAUCAUGUAUCCAAACAUUUUUCUAUUCCUUUUGUUGUUCUUCAUUCCAUUCAUCGAAUAUCUCUGUGACUCAUUUUUCUCGUUCAUAGUUGUUAAGGUAGGAAUAUUGUCGUUGGCAUCAUUUACUUGAUUUCCAUUAGGGUCCAUCAUCUAGUCAGAGGGUAAAAGAGUUUAGUGAGACAGACUACAUAAUAGGCUUGUAUGACAUUAAGAUAAAGUGUGAACACAACAUUUUGAUUUCCAAUAUAAGAUUAGUUAAGGAUGAUUUCCGAUUCCGCAUAGCUUCAUCAUACAACAAGAGUUAACAAGUGUUAUAAUCCUUAACAGAGAUCUUUUGAACUUUAUAGAUUUCAGAGCAUGAUAUCCAAAUCAUCUUUCUGAUCCAACAGUAUUUAUUUGAGCACAAAUUGAGAGAAAGACUUGAGCGGGACUUUAGGGCAACUAGAAUAGAGCAUCACAUUGUUUGCAUAUAGCAGAUGACACCAUACUUUAUUCUCUUAUAAAGAGGCAAAACACAAUAGGUGCAAGAGAUUCUCCAAAUUUAUUCAUAUAUCACUUAACACAAUUACAAAUCUUGAAAGGGGCAACACCUUGACAUUUUUUUCUUCGUGAGACAUACUCCUUCUUCUAGCUAAAUGACAUAUUAUUCUUCCUUGUCAGAUGCACCAAUCAGAGCUGGAGGUCGAUUGUCUUCAACUACUAUUCUUUCUCCAGAUGGGGUUUCCAAACACAUGGUUCUCUUAGUAUGUUGGAUUACUGCCUUAGUUCUUUGUAACCAAUUCUUUCCAAGAAUCACAUCAUUUCCCAUUGAUUCUAUCACUAUAAGAUCAGCUAGAAAAUCUAUCCCACUGAUUUUAACACUCACAUUUGGACAUAUGUAGUUUACUAUCAUUUUUCUUUUGGGUGCACUGAUGGUAAUUUUUGAUCUCAA